AUGGCGACGCAAGGACAAAUUGCGAACCUCGAGCCAUGGCCGAAAGAAGAUAUCAUCUAUAUCUCGAUUCUAGGGCCUUUGCUGGUUGCCGCGCUAUUGGAAUGGAUAUUAUUUCUUGCAGCCUUCAUAUACUGCCUUCUUAAAGUCUAUCAGAAAGCAGACGACUGGAGCAUCAAAGUCCUGGCAGUCGUUAUGAUUCUAUUUUUCACACUGCUCAGGGGAAUAUUCUUUCCAGUCAUGAUCGCCAUCCUUCCCUUGCCGACGCAGAUAACUCGCUAUUUUCCAACGAAAUUGGCCUCCGUUCUACAAUGGUUCGCGUUCUGGACAUUCUCCGUCCUUCUCGUGAUACCCUGGCUCUUUUGCGUCAACCGGCUCAUCAUAAAUUCUCUGGGAAGAACCAAGCGAGUGAAACAAGCAUUGGAUGAUCGCACUGCACCCAAGACGGUCAUAGUCAUGCCGGUCUUCAAAGAAGAACCACACGUACUAAUCAAGGCGAUCGACUCAGUCGUCUGCAGUGAUUAUCCAGCAUACUGUAUUCAUGUGUUUCUCUCUUACGACGGAGGCCAGAUUGAUGAGUCUUAUCUUCAGGUUAUCCAGCAUCUCGGUAUUCCAAUCUCGCUGGAGACCUACCCGCAGAGCAUCGAUGUCACAUACAAAGGCGCAAGGAUAACGGUGUCCCGGUUCAAGCAUGGCGGCAAACGACAUUGCCAGAAGCAAACUUUCAGGCUGAUCGACAAGGUGUACGCUGAUUACCUCAAGCGUCAAGACGACCUCUUCCUUCUGUUCAUCGAUUCUGACUGCAUUCUUGACAAGCUGUGUUUACAAAAUUUCAUGUACGACAUGGAGUUGAAACCAGGAAGUAAACAUAACAUGCUGGCAAUGACUGGUAUCCUCACGUCAACAACAACGAAGAACUCUCUUAUCACAGUUUUGCAGGACAUGGAGUAUGUCCACGGUCAACUCUUCGAGCGUUCGGUGGAGUCUGGAUGUGGUGCUGUUACCUGUCUUCCAGGUGCGCUAACGAUCCUGAGGUUCUCGGCUUUUCGCAAGAUGGCCAAGUACUAUUUUGCAGACAAGGCUGAGCAGUGCGAGGAUCUUUUCGACUACGGCAAAUGCCAUCUCGGCGAGGAUCGAUGGCUGACACACCUUUUCAUGAUCGGUGCAGCCGAGCGCUACCAAAUCCAGAUGUGCACCGGUGCUUUUUGCAAAACUGAAGCUGUUCAGACUUUCGGUAGCCUUCUGAAGCACCGACGCCGCUGGUUCCUUGGCUUCAUCACCAACGAAGUGUGCAUGCUAACCGAUGCCAGACUCUGGAGGCGAUAUCCGCUUCUCUGCUUGGUACGCUUUAUGCAGAAUACAAUCCGGACGACCGCUCUGCUGUUCUUAAUCCUGGUGGUGUCACUCAUCACUACAUCUAGCAAGAUCGAAAAUCUUCCCGUGGGAUUCAUCGCAAUCUCUCUAGGUCUGAACUACCUGUUGAUGCUGUAUUUUGGGCUGAAGCUCAAGCGGUUCAAAGCUUGGCUCUAUCCGCUGAUGUUUAUUGUGAAUCCUUUCUUCAACUGGCUCUACAUGGUGUACGGUAUAUUCACGGCCGGUCAGCGCACAUGGGGAGGACCCCGAGCGGAUGCAGCGAAAGCGGACGAGCAUACAUCACCGGAGGAAGCAGUAGAAAAAGCUCGGGAGCAAGGCGAUGAGCUCAACGUGAUGGUUGAUACAUUUCGAACCAAGAAGGACGAAAAGGGCAUACCCGUCCGCCCAAGCAAGAAAAUCCAUGGACGCUUGUCGGGUGCACCGCCACUUCCCCAUGAUUACGGCGAUCUGCACAAACAAGAAGACCUCGAGUCCGCCAUGGUCAAGUACAUGACGCCUCUUCCUGGAGUACCUCGAAUAGGGCUGCAUCCGUCCUACUCUCUGGAGUCGGUGGCAACAACAGAUUCUGGUACGAACUCAAUCUGUCUUCCACUGCCCGUGGAGAAUUUAGUCAAGGGACAAGAACAGGUCAGACCCUAUCACGUUAGUGGUGCACCAGGGUAUACCGAUUCUGCAGUAGACAUCAAAACAAGCUAUAGACCUGGAGUCGCAGUCGUUGGGUCGCGUCUACCAUCCGCGGAGGACCAUGAGAGCGGCAUAGUGCAUUUGUCAAGCGACCAGACACAUGCUGCAGCCACAUAUAGCACAGCAAGUGAAACAAUAGACGAGGAUGUCGACUAUCGGAACGUUACAGCCGAGGAACCAGACAUAAGGGCCCCAGAUGCCUGUUAUGACCCUUUGACUCAGCACUAUAUUUCUGUUCCUGCCAGCGCGGGUCUGCGGUGAUU